AUGCUCCUCCUUUCUACUGCUCAGAAUCUGACGUUGACUGCUGAAGAUAUCAAACAUCUGCAAUACGAUGAAGUCCAUGGCAUAGGUUCCCACACAUCAUCUGAAGCAACCCUAGGACUGGCCAGGACUUGGCUCAAUCGAUGUCGACGGAAGCAUUCCUCAUGCAAGCCGCUUUCUUCAAAAGAAGAGUUUCUCCCUGCCCGGCUCAUAGACACUGAGCCACGGCAAAGGUCAGAGUGGCGACUCCGGAUCACCGCAAAGCACAAGGACGAACCAGCGACAUACAUGACGCUCAGCCAUCGAUGGGGCACUGUGCCUUUCUUGAAUUUGACUACAAAAAAUAUCCGAGAGCUGGAAGCUGGCCAUCCACUUUCUGCCCUUGAGAAGACUUUCAGAGAAGCUGUCGAGAUUGUGAGAAGAUUAGGUGAGCGAUUUUUAUGGAUUGAUUCACUCUGCAUCGUUCAAGACUCGUUGAGAGACUGGCAAGAACAAUCCGCCGCUAUGCGAGACAUCUAUACACACUCUGUCUGCAACAUUGCGGCUACAGGAGCAGCAGAUAGUCAUGGAGGUUGCUAUUUUGAACGAAAUGUAUCUGACAUCCUCCCCUGCACCAUUCCCAAGAAUUCACAAGGGUCGCCAUCCAUCGAUUUUGCUGUUGUGAGCAUGGAUCUAUGGACAGAUGACAUAGAGCGCGCUCCCUUGAACCAGCGGGGAUGGGUACUCCAAGAAAGGUUGCUCGCCCCCAGGACCCUACAUUUCGCUGCCCAACAGAUCUUCUGGGAAUGCAACGAGAUGAACGCGUGUGAGAUGUAUCCCAAAGAGCUACCAUCUACAUAUUUUCUGGAAGACCGGCAGCCCAGCAUCCGGUGCCACCAUCCUCUCUUCUCAGCCAAUGCUGGCAAGCCUGACGAAAACUUUGGCCGGCAGACGUCCUCAGCUCAAGACCCGUAUAUGUUUUGGGGCCGCAUAGUGUACGCAUAUAGUCACUGCCGUCUUACUAGAUCGGAAGACAAGCUAGCGGCGGCGUCUGGCUUGGCCUCGCAGCUUCAGCAGAUGACGAAGGAUAAUUACUAUGCUGGUUUGUGGAGCAAAGAUCUAGCGGGACAAUUACUAUGGUCUGUAGUCGGUUGCGCACAGGCUGACGGUUCGGCUUCCAGGCGCCCCGAGCCCUACAGAGCACCAACUUGGUCAUGGGCAUCUGUUGAUGGCAUCAUUAAAACAAAUGAUCUUCCUUUCGAUGGUUCUUUUGGCAAGCCACUGUUUGAUGUAUUGGACAUUCGGACCGUCCCUCUCACAGGUGACGUCACGGGUCAGAUCAGUAAGGGCGCAUACCUUCGCAUAAAGGGUGUCCUCACCAAAGCCUCAAUAGUGUGCGGGCCUGGGGGCGUGACCAGAUUGAAAAUCGGCAGAAUCGACAGCGAUAUCGUGUUUCGGCUUGAUACCAGAUCAGGGGAAAGCUUCUCCGAUCUGAGCUGCGUGCCCAUUGGACACUACAUGUUGCCACCCUAUCAAGAUCGGCCUUCAAUACAAGGCCUGAUACUUCAUAGAUCGGAAGUCGAAGGUCAUUCGUACAUUCGUCUUGGAACCUUCAGAGUGGAGUCUCGAGCCCAUUGUCAGGAACUUGGACUUGAAUUCGAGGGCGACGAGUCACUGGGCAGCUAUCCAGCUGAUUCCGCCCAGCGAUCCAUCACGAUCCUCUGA